ACAUAAGGAGCAACAACAUUAAUUACAAAAUUUUGCAGUGAGAAGUCAGAUUUGCAUGGAACUUUUGGUUUAUACGAAUCAGGAUGCAGACAGCAAAUCCAUGGAAGAAACCGUAUGUCUGCGGGUUAUGUGGACACCAAUUUGUGCAUUUGCUAAAUUUAGGACUCCAUGUGCGCACACUGCACCUCAACAAAGAGAGUACCUUCAAACCAAGACAGAGCAAAAGAUAUCCCAAAGAUAUUAAAAAGAGUGUUACCAGUGGUGCCUGCAAAACCAGUAAAGAUAAACAAAACUAUCGGGAAACAGAAUCAGUACGCAUGGACAGGGAGAAAGAAAUUCACCUGGAACAAUCAAGAGUGCUUGACACAAAAACUGAUGAACUAAUAUCUCCUCAAGCAAGGAGAAAAAGCAAAAGAAUAGCAUCACGGAAGAUGACACAGAAAGACAAACAUUACACAUCGCGGAACAUGACACAGAGGGAUGGACUUGGACAUCAUUUAACCAGGGAUGUAAAAAAGAAAACUGCUCAUCAAAACAAGAAUGAUAAUCAGGAUGUGUCUGAUUUUGAAUCAUCAACAACGCCAGACAGAUUUGAAGAAGAGUAUUCUGGGAUCUCAGUUUUACUGUAUCCUGGGAAAGAAACUGCCACGUCCCCUUCACACCCUGAGGAUCCCAGUGUCCAAACCCAGGGACUCGGUGUUCUUCACCCUGGGGAUGGAGGAGAACAUCACACAGAGUCCAGCUCUGACUCAGGAGGGACGGAUCAGUUCUUUUUGAGGCUGCCAAACGGCAAACGCUUCCUCAUCCAGAAAGAAAUGGAAAGUACCAUUUUCAAGGAGGUGGACUCUUCUGCAGAGGAGGGAGAAAAAGAGAAUGUGUUAACGAGUUCGAUGGUGACCUGUAAUAUUUGUCAGAAGACUUACACGGCCAGGAGCAUAAAGUCGCACAAAUGCCGUGAGAUCUGUGAACGCUGUGGGCGAGUCUUCCCACACAUGAAAGCUCUUCGAAACCACCAGGCAUAUGGUAAUAACUGCGCUGACAGGGUGCUCCCCCUGGUGUGUGACUUGUGCGGCUAUGUUGCCAGCAACAGACACAGGUGGAAGGAACAUGUACAACAGCUGCAUUCAGAUGUUCGGCCAUUUCAGUGUUCUGUCCCAGACUGUAACAAAAGCUUCAAGGUGAAGGCUGCUCUACAACACCAUAUCAAAUAUAGGCAUGGAAGGAAGUAA